UAUUGCUCGUAAUGGAGAUGGCGGAGUUGUCGGAGGAUGUUUCACUGAGGACACAAUUUACUGUUGAUAAUCUAGACAUAGAAAUAUUGCCGCUUAUUUACGAGAUUAUUCGCAGCAUUGAGAAAGAUCCACAUGACACUUCGCAAAAGGCAAAAGAGUCUCAAGAUACCAGUCAUAAAAUCCUAGAGUUACAGAAAAAGUUAGACUCUACUAGAUCACAGAUUAAAAGAUUACCAGGGAUAGAAUAUAGCAAGGAGGAACAAUUACAAAAACUCGAGACUUUGCGGAAACAAUUGAGACUGAAGCGGGAACUUCUAUUGAAAUAUCGUAAUACAUGCACAUUUGAAAUACCAAAAGUAUAAAUGUUUAUGU